AUGCAUCAGGUCCAAGUGAACGCCGUCCGUGAUCGUGACUUUGCUAGACCUCGUAAAAUCAUGGGUUGGGGAUUCGUCACAUGUGGUCCAAAUGAAGCGUUAGUCAUUUCAGGAUGCUGUUAUGCGAGACCACAUCUGGUUCCUGGAGGACGUGCGUUCGUCUGGCCUGUCAUUCAGCAAUUCCAGAAAGUUUCUCUACAACUGAUGACGGUACAGAUUCUAAGCAAGAAAGUCGUGACUAAGUUGGGCGUCCCGAUUUCCGUCGUGGGUACCGCUCAGAAAGCAGAAGCCGAAAUGUCAUAUGAUCUUCAAGCGGCCAAAACUCGCCAGCGCAUCAAAGACGAGGAAAUGCAAGUGAAAGUCAUUGAACGCAUGCAAGACAUCAACGUCCAAGAGCAAGAAAUCCAACGGAAGCUGAAAGAAUUGGAGGCGACCAUUAAGCGUCCCGCCGAGGCGGAAAAAUACCGGUUGGAGAAGAUCGCCGAGGCCAAUCAAAAACGUUGCGUCCUCGAAGCAGAGGCGAAAGCCGAAGCCAUCAGACUCAAAGGAGAUGCCGAGGCCUUUGCCAUCGAAGCCCGGGCCAAAGCAGAAGCCGAGCAGAUGGCGAAAAAGGCGGAUGCCUGGAAGGAGUACAAGGAAGCCGCCAUGGUGGAGAUGAUGUUGGAAACGCUGCCGAAAGUAGCGGCGGAAAUUGCGGCGCCGUUGGCGCAGACGAAGAAGCUCACGAUGGUGUCUAGCGGCGGCGGGGAAGUCGGGGCGGCAAAGAUCACCGGCGAGGUCAUUGAGAUCAUGUCUCGACUGCCGAUUUUGGUGAAGCAAAUGACCGGCGUGGACAUGAACAAGUUCACGAGGAAGAGCAAAGUGGACCAGCAUAUAGUUCCCAGUGCUGUCAAUCCUGCUAGCAAGAAUAAGCAUUGA